ACCCACUCUGCGUCUGCAGAGUUGCUUGCGGGGACCAGUGUGCCACGUCUACGGAGACCGGGAGCCAUGAACUUGGCCGGGAGCAGAGCUUCCCCCAGACCUUAAACUGCGUGCAUUUAGUCCAAGCAGGCAUUAAUUUCAUGUAGUCAGGGCGCUUUCCCCCGGAGCGGCUCGCUUUGGAAGGACGCCCGUGCUGCUGGCCGGGGCACCAUGAGACUGGUCCGGUGGCUAACCCUCCUGGCCACCCUGCUUGCCCUGGGGAGGGGGGCACUGAUCCCGGAGCCCGAGGUGAAGAUCGAGGUCCUCCAGAAGCCUUUCAUCUGCCAGCGGAAGACCAAAGGCGGAGAUUUGAUGCUGGUGCAUUACGAAGGCUACUUGGAGAAGGACGGAUCCCUGUUUCACUCCACCCACAAACACAACAACGGCCAGCCCAUCUGGUUUACGCUUGGCAUCCUGGAGGCUCUCAAAGGUUGGGACCGAGGUCUGAAGGGCAUGUGUGUGGGGGAGAAGAGGAAGCUCACCAUCCCCCCAGCCCUCGGGUAUGGAAAAGAGGGCAAAGGUAAAAUUCCCCCAGAGAGUACACUAAUAUUCAACAUUGAUCUCCUGGAAAUUCGAAAUGGACCAAGAUCCCAUGAGUCAUUCCAAGAGAUGGAUCUCAAUGACGACUGGAAACUGUCUAAACAAGAGGUUAAAGUCUAUUUGAAGAAGGAGUUUGAGAAGCACGGGGCCUUGGUCAACGAGAGUCACCAUGAUGACUUGGUGGAAGACAUCUUUGACAAAGAAGACGAGGACAAAGAUGGAUUUAUAUCUGCCAGGGAAUUUACAUACAAACAUGAUGAGUUGUAGAGAAACAUCCCUCUGGUGCGCCCACGCGGAGGGUGGAGAAUUUUUGAGCCUUAUUUUCUAGCGAUGUUGAUUCUGUCUGUUGAGUUGGUAUCUAUUCAUCGGAAAGAGGUAAUUGUCUCCUGCUGUGCGUCUUUGAAUAUUAAAAGAAAUCAUUUGAGCGAGACUGCUAACUGCCCCUUUCCCCCUAAUGAGCUGUGGACCUAGGGGAAGGGGAACACUUUGUUGUAGAAUCAUAGAUUUAAAGCCGGAAGGAACCUUGGAGGCCAUCUGGUCCAACCCUCCUAUUUUGUUGAUGAGGAUACCGACACUCAUAGAGGGGAUGGGUCUUGUCCAAGGUCUCUGGGGGCCUCUGAAUCUGACUCCCAGUUUUUGUAAUGUACUUCAAUUCCUUGUCUUUGAGCACACCAGCCUGUCUCUCAUUCCCAUACCUGCAGCCUGACAUUUAACUAGCUUGCUCAUAAUUUUAAAAGAUGGCGGCUGUAAACAUGCCUCAGCAUCAGAUUUAAUUAAAUCACAAACCACACACUCGGCUCUUUACCACCCACCAUUUUCUAGAAGUUAGAUGCAUUCUAUUGGGAAAAGCCAAGGCUGUCUAUGUUCAUGGUGCAAUGAAACUGCCUGAUUUUUUGUUUUGAAUCUAUACGUGAAGAACUGAGGAAAAUGUUUAUUCAGGUUGUUACGGUUGUUUUAUUUAAGAAGUGUGUGAGUAGCUAAAAUGAGAAUAAAAAAUUAUGUGUGCUUUGUAAUA